CGUCCGUCAGUGUUUGUUUAUAACAUUGCGUGUUCUCGACGGCUUUGGACAUCUUCGUUGGAUUUUCUACCACGAAACUCACAAAAAUUAUUUAGAGCAUAGAAAGCGAAAUGGGAACGGACGACGUGGCCCGGAGUGAAAAGAUUCGCGAUGGUUUUCAAAUAAAUUGGCUUAUCUUGCGGGAUGCCGACACCGGUAAGAUAAUCUGGCAAGAGAACAAGGACUUUUCGUGUCCGGAAGUGGAACACGAAGCGCGGGUGCCGAUCAAGAUUCUGGACUUGAGAGCCGUCUCUAGGGAAAUCAAUUUUAGUACCGUGGAAUCGAUGGAAAAUUUUCGGUUGGAUCAAAAGGUUCUUUUCAAAGGUCGCAUCAUGGAGGAAUGGUUCUUCGAGAUGGGCUGGGUCAGUCCCAAUACGACGAAUACAUGGCAAUCGACGAUCGAGGCUGCUCCAGAAUCGCAGAUGAUGCCGGCGAAGGUAUUGAACGGCAAUGUAACAAUCGAAACUAGCUUUUUUGAUGGCGAAACACUCAUCAGCAAGUCGGUCGUCAGAUUGUACUACAUCUAAGUAUUACCGGUUAAGUUUUUUGUCUAGUCGAGCGCCUAUUUCUGUGCGAACGUUUGAGCUGGUCGCUGCCAGAAUAUCCAGGGAGGUAAUUUUAACACAAAAUGAAAUUGUUUAUAAAUCGCUAUGGCGCAAUUCCGUUUUGCCUCAAGAGCUUAUAGUCUACACAUGAUUAGAGUGUGGUUUGUUCAUUAUCGAAAAAAUCAAACUUGAAUUACCAUUUUUGAAACAAACUUUGGCCCUAUGUACUUGCAUUUACCUCAAACUCUAAUAAGUGCUAAUAUUAAGCUAAACUGAAGUUUUUUUAAAACACCAAAUAUUGUUCUAACAAAAUGGUUCUAACAGAAAAUCGCAUAUUUCAACAGCAUAGAGAUUAAAGACGUUCGGAGAGCUGAUAGUGGUUGAAAUACGUUAACUGCACCCUACUGCACAUGCAACAGUAGUACAUAUUAUGAUUCACUUUAGACUAAUCUAAAGCAAAAAUGCAUUUAUUAUAAGAACUGAACCGUUUAAAUUAAAUAACUUUUAGUGCAUUCUAAUUUGAAAUAUUGCUGUUCUGGCAAUUUUACAUUUACGACCUAUGCUUAUUUUUAUGAAUGUAUACAAUAUUUUGUUUAUAAGUCAGACCGUAGUUUGAAAUAUAGUUUCAAUAUUCAAAUUGUAAAAUAA